AUGAGGUCUUUUAUGACGUUUCUUCUCUACUUUUGUUUCCAAAUAUUGGUGUAUUGCAUGCCAUUUGCAACAGUUGCUCUUGCUUUGAGUUCAGAGACUGAUAAGCUUGCUUUGCUUACAUUGAAAGAAAAGCUUACAAAUGGUGCACCAGAUUCUCUUCCAUCAUGGAAUGAGUCUCAACAUUUCUGUGAAUGGCAGGGUGUUACAUGUGGUCGUCGUCAUAUGAGAGUCGUUGCCUUGCAUUUGGAAAAUCAAAUAUUGAGUGGUACUCUUGGAUCAUCCGUGGGAAAUCUAACAUUUCUAAGAAUGCUACAACUUACAAAUGUUAACUUGUAUGGUGAAAUUCCAAGUCAAGUUGGUCGUUUAAAGCGAUUGCAAGUUCUUAACUUAAAGGAUAACAAUCUUCAUGGCGAAAUUCCUAUGGAGCUCACAAAUUGCACGAAUAUCAAGGUAAUUCUUUUGCGCAACAACCGACUCGGUGGAAGAAUUCCGACAUGGUUUGACUCAAUGAUGCAACUUACUCAGUUGAAUCUUGCUGUCAAUAAUCUAGUUGGUACUAUUCCGUCUUCCGUGGGAAAUGUUUCAUCACUCCAAAAAUUAUCAUUUGGAGAUAAUAGCUUUAAAGGAAGCAUACCUUAUUCUUUGGGUAUGUUGUCAAGUUUGAAUCUACUGAUUCUAAGUUCAAAUAAUUUGUCAGGUGAAAUCCCUAAUUCUCUUUACAACCUAUCAAAUAUUCAAGAUUUGGAUAUUGGGGGAAACAUGUUAUCUGGUAGUCUUCCAUCAAAUAUGCAUCUUGCUUUUCCCAAUCUUAAACGAUUCUAUAUUGGAGGCAACCAAAUAAGUGGAACUUUUCCGUCUUCAUUAUUAAACCUCACUGAACUAAUACUGUUGGAUAUACCAUAUAAUACUUUUGUUGGGUCAAUACCUCUUACUUUGGGUCAAUUAAAUAAACUUGAGUCGUUUAAUAUUGGAGGUAAUAAUUUUGGGAGUGGAGGAGCUCAUGAUUUGGAUUUUCUUUCAUCGCUAACCAACUGUACUCAAUUGUCAAAGAUAUAUAUUUUUGACAAUGGAUUUGGUGGUGUGUUGCCGAACAUUAUAGGAAACUUUUCCACCCAUCUCCGUUUGCUUCAUAUGGAAUAUAAUCAAAUACAUGGAGUGAUACCAGAAAGAAUUGGACAACUAAUUGGUUUAACUGACUUAGACAUUGGAUACAAUUUUCUUGAGGGAACAAUUCCAGGUUCCAUUGGAAUGCUCAAAAAUAUAGUAGCAUUGGGCUUCGAUUAUAACAAAUUAUCUGGUAACAUCCCUAUGGUCAUUGGUAAUCUUACUGUGCUGUCUGCACUAGAUAUAUCUAACAAUAAAUUGGAAGGAAACAUUCCAGUUACCAUAAGGAAAAUACUUACAAAGGAAAAUUAUGUUUCACUACAAUAG